AGAUUUGACCACAUUGGAAAGCCAAGUAGACGCUUUAAAGUCCGCGUCGAAUUCAUUAGCCAAGCCAAAUUGAUAAGCCAAAUAGCCGUAUAUUCAUUUUAAGGCUAUUGUGAAAACAUUGUGCUAAUGCAGUUGACCUAUUUCAUAUGUGUUGCUCUGCUUUGGCUGUUGCAUUUGUCUCAAGCAGCAAAAAGAACUCGUAUGGUAACUGCCCUUGAAGUAAAGAAAUGCCUUAAUGUUACAAUCCUAAAAAAUGUGAAUAAAAAAAAGUUACUGGGCGUUUGGUUCGCUUAUGCAACAACACCUGUGAAUAUACCCGUCUAUCAACGUCGUUGUGCAUCGUACAAUGUUCAGAAUAGUCCGUAUUUCGAUACCAAUAUCGUGUAUACGGACUACAAGCACGUAGUUAUCACCUAUGACUGCAAGUACAACGAUAUGACCAUGCUGUACGAUCUUAAAUUGCGCGUUUUAACACGCACUCGGACGCCUUUGGCGGCACAUUUAAACAAGGGAAUACGCUUUCUAGAGUCACUCUCAUUCCCGAUUAGUAAAUUGGAUUUCCUCAGGGCGAGGGCAUUUUGCUUUGAGUGGUACGUGUUGAAAUACCACUUAAAAAACAGACCAGGAGCAUACAAUGCCCCCAUCAACCAGGUUUGGGAUCACUAAUUACGUGGCCGUUGCUGUCAGCAUGAAUUAAUUGCAUAACUAUCGCCAAUUAUUACAACAUAAUCAAUGAAGGAGCUGCAGACGUGGAGAGGAAAUCGUAUAACUUAAUUAGCCUGGGCUGGCCCAACCAAAAUCAAUUACCAACGACAGUUUCACUUGACUGAUUGGGCCCGGGUCCUUCAAGGAACCCAAUUGUGCUGAUUUCAGUGUCCUUGCUCCCAAAACUCACUUACAUAUUUAUAUCUAUAUAUACAUGAACACAUAUCGACACAAAAAGAAAUUUAAACUUACAUACUAGCAUUUGCAUUUCAUUUGAUUUCAAGAAAAUAUAUAGCAUUCUUAUACAUUUAAAAUAAUAUUAAGCUACUUACACAAUCUAAAUAGAAUAAAUUACUUUUCCUAAAAUA